AUGGGUUCCCAGCACACAUCGGGGAAGUUUCGUUUCAUCGUAUCAACCGAUGUCGAGAACAAAGACCCCGACACGCGAAAGGUCAUUAGAAGUCAUGUUAUGCGAGGGAAGAAUCGAAUCAAACCCCGGAGAAAAGUUCGACAUCUGCAACAUAAAGACAUACCAACGACGGACUGUCUGAAUAUCAAUGGCCCUCUGUCCUCCUCAAAGGUCCCCAGACCGCUAUGCGCAGACCUUGCCGCCAUUCCACUUGCCGACGUCGUGGAGCCUGCUCUUAUUGCAGACGUACUUUUGUUCUCAUCCAUGUCGUCAAAAGCCAUGUUCCUGCUGGAUCCUUACAUCGUGCCCCAAAAGUUGGGCAUCUCUCCAGAUUGGUUUACUGCAAUGCAGAGCGAUGUGGCCUAUCUGCAUGCCAUUUGUUUCACCAUACAGAGUUACUUUGAUGGGUUCUUCGGGAGAACCCGAAGUGCUGCAGCUGAACGAAGGGACCGUCUGUACUAUGAUAAGACCGUCAGAAUUCUUCAAGAGCGACUCUCACUUGAUGAUGACAGUCAGAAGCUUUCGGAUUCCACGAUCAUGACUAUCAUAGCGUUGUCCGGCCACGCCUAUACGACAGGUGAUUUUGAGUCAGCACAUAACCAUAACCGAGGACUUCUCCGACUCGUCAGUAUGAGAGGCAUAAAUACAUUCCUCCAGCAUACAAAACUAUCCAUAGAGAUUAUUCGUUGUGACUUGGCCAUGGCUGUCGAUACAAACCUGACACCGGUGCUUUGGAAUUAUAAGGGUGUCCUGGCAACAUUGUCCGGCUUUACGAAAACGCCGUGUCAGAAUGUCCAUCUUAGACUCUUGCAACCCGAGGCAAGGAAGUUUCUGGGUAAGCUCGACGCUCAAUUGGCCGCGGCGUGGGUUAGCAUGUCACACUUCUGUGCCCAGGUCAAUGCGGCUGCCGAGGAGGACGGACCCAAAGUCACCGAAGAGACAUUCUUGCAAAACAUGAUCUCCAUCAUGUAUCCUCUGCUUCUUCGGAGAUUCCCAAAAGGAACCUUUGAUGAAGCGGCCCGCUUGGGUCUGCUGGCCUUUUCUUCACCCAUCUUCCUUCACUGGAACAGAGUCGAAUUUCCAGACCAAAGAUUUACAUCAGCGUAUCGGGAAGUGCUGGCUGGGGUGACUCUAGCUGGAGCUAACAUCGUGCCCCGAGAGCGUCUUUGGCUCUUUGUGAUCGGCGCUUUGUCGAUGUCUCAUGAACCCGAGAGCAUGUCAUGGCUUGUACCCAGGCUACGAAUGGACAUUGAGCGGUGCGACGUAGACAGGUGGAGUGACUUGCGGGCUGUAUUGAAGUCCUAUUUGUGGGUUGGGUUAGUUUACGAUGCUCCUGGUAAGGAUCUAUUCGAGUCGAUGUAUCCUGAGAGACUCGCCAUAUGA